CCUCUCCACACCUCUAAACCUUUCUCUGUCUUUUUUCUUAGUCUCUCAUCUCUGAAUCUUUUUCCUUUCGAAAAACUCAAGAGACAAAAACUAUGUGCAACCACAAUUCAUCUCCAUCCUUGAGCGACUAUGAUUCAAACCCACCUAAAACUCUCUCUUGUACACCCCAAGAGUCUGAUGAACACACCCCCUUGGUCACAGCUAUAGAAUUACAGAAUCAAAAUCCCCAAAAGACCCAUCUUUCUCAGGCCGUUUCCGAGGCCAAAUGCAUAGCCAACAUAGCUCUUCCCAUGGUCUUAACUGGGCUUUUGCUCUAUUCUCGCUCACUUAUCUCCAUGCUAUUUCUAGGUCGACUCGGCGAGUUGUCUCUGGCUGGUGGGUCGCUUGCCAUCGGAUUCGCCAACAUUACAGGGUACUCUGUUUUGUCAGGACUCGCUAUGGGGAUGGAGCCCAUUUGUGGCCAAGCUUUUGGAGCAAAAAGGUUCAAACUUCUCGGGCUUACCUUGCAGAGAACAGUGAUUUUGCUUCUGUUGACUUCUGUCCCCAUAGCCAUUUUAUGGUUAAAUAUGAGGAGAAUCUUGCUACUUUGUGGUCAACAAGAUGAUAUAGCCACCGAAGCUCAAUCUUACAUACUUUUCUCUCUCCCUGAUCUUAUUGCGCAAUCGAUUCUACACCCUUUGAGAAUCUAUCUCAGAAGUCAAUCCAUAACGCUCCCUCUCACCUUCUGUGCCACCCUUUCGAUCAUUCUCCACGUUCCCAUAAACUAUUUUCUCGUCUCUGUUCUCAAUCUGGGUAUUAAAGGGGUAGCCUUGAGUGGGGUUUGGACAAAUUUUAACCUAGUGGGAUCAUUGAUUGUAUAUGUUGCAAUCUCAGGCGUGUAUAAAAAAACAUGGGUUGAGAUUUCCUCAGAGUGUUUCAGAGCUUGGAAGUCUCUUUUAAGUCUAGCAAUACCAAGCUGCAUUUCGGUUUGUCUCGAAUGGUGGUGGUAUGAGUUCAUGAUUUUGUUAUGUGGGUUGUUGCUUAAUCCUCAAGCAACCGUUGCUUCAAUGGGGAUUUUGAUCCAAACCACAGCUCUCAUGUACAUAUUCCCGUCUUCUUUGAGUUUUGGUGUUUCAACAAGGGUUGGCAAUGAGCUCGGCGCAAACCGUCCCCAAAAGGCUAAACUUGCUGCCAUCGUUGGCCUCUUAUACAGCUCUGUGUUGGGAUUCUCGGCAUUGUUGUUUGCUAUAAUGGUUAGGAAAGUUUGGGCCACUAUGUUCACACAAGACGUUGAGAUCAUUGCAUUGACAUCAAUGGUUUUGCCCAUAAUUGGUCUUUGUGAGCUUGGAAACUGCCCUCAAACGACGGGUUGUGGCGUUUUGAGAGGCACAGCUCGACCUUCUCUCGGCGCUAAUAUCAACUUGGGUUGCUUCUACCUUGUGGGAAUGCCGGUUGCUAUUUGGUUGAGCUUUUAUGUAGGGUUCGAUUUUACAGGAUUAUGGCUUGGUCUUUUGGCUGCUCAGGGCUCGUGUGUGGUGACCAUGUUGUUUGUUUUGACUCGAACCGAUUGGGAACUUCAAGCUCAAAGAGCCAAGGAGCUCACCGGGAGUGUCACAGUUGAAGAAGAUGAUGAUCACGAUCAUGAUCAUGAUCAUGAUGAUAAAAUGGAGGAUUCUUUUUCCAGAGUCUAAUAAUAAUAAUAUAUAAUAACUCACAAGUGUAACUCAUUAAUUUGUGUACUUCUUUGAGACCUACCACAUUGACCAAAAUUGUGGAAAUGGAAGGGGUCAUACUCAUAAUUCAUUUUAUUAUGAUUCUUAAUGUGAUUCUUUUCUUCUUUUUUAACUCUAAAAAAGAUUCUUACAUUUAGAGGUGAUAAGUAGUAGUAGAGGGGACACACAUGAUAUCCUUAUGGAAAUAGUCUUUUGUUUUAUGCAUUGGUUUUUUCUCUCAUCAGAAAAAGUAGAAACUUUAAUCCAAAGUAGUCAGUUGUAUUCAUUAUUAAUUGAUUAUUGUCUCUCGUUCUCUUCUAA